AUGCAUUUAUAUAUCUUAUCAUCAAUUAUCAAAGAGUACUAUAAACUAGAAGAGAAUGAUUUAAAGAAUGAAAGAAUAUUCAUCAGGAAUGGAAAGUUAAUUGACGAAGCAAGAGAACAAUACCAACUAACAAAACAGAUAUUAAAUGUUGCAAUGGUGUGCAAACAAUGGUUUAAACUAGUACAAUCACAUAUCACAACAUAUUCAACUUACUUUGGUGAUUUGACUGUUCGUCUGACUAAAGACAAAGCAUCAAGAGAAAAAUGUUACCAAGGAGUAAAGAAUCAAUGGGCAAAAGAAUACUCGUUAUUUAGUCGUGACAAUAUUACAACUUUGAUUUGUAAACACACCGAGGAAUAUAAUACAGAAGAACAUUUAUUGGAUUUAAUCCGACAUACAACCAACUUGGAAUCAAUGAUACUCUACACAACGAACAAUCAAUUGGUUCACAAGAUCAUUCAACAAUUCCCACACAUCAAAGAUAUCGAAAUUAGAAUGGGUGUUGUCGAGUUGGAUAGAAAUGGUUUGGAUGGUCUCGUACAACUAUCAUCACCAAAUAUCAAGAGUGUCAGUGUGUCUAUUCAUCGCAGUGAUGAGAGAGAGAAUUCAGAUUUGGAAACAUACCAAGGAAUACUUGAAAAGUAUGCAAGGUAUUGGUGUAUAUCAUCAAUCAGUCAUUGUCUCAACACCAAUUGUAGAAUUGGAAAAUUGUACUUGAAACAAUUACCCAAACCAACAAUCGAACGAUUCUUUGGAAUGUUUCAACACAUUGUAUUGCCAGAGGAAACAGAAUUAAAUGAAAUUACUACCAUCAUCAAUUCCAACGCACAGCUCCAAACUAUAUACAUUAAAAUCAAGUUUGGUCGAUUAUUCGAUUACAAAUCCAUUGGAAAUAAAUCAGAGGUGUGCAAAGUGACCGAACUCGCCAAACAAUAUUGGCCCGACCUUUGUAACUCGAUUGCUGUUCAUCAGUGCAUAAAAAUGUUAAUAUUGGCUUGUGACUAUAUUGCAGACGAGCAAUCUGAAGAAAUUGCAUUACCAUUUUCAAAGAUGAUGGUUGAAAACAAAAAAGUGAUCACCACUUUUUCGGUCCUGCCGUACCCAGUCUAUCUAGGAACUACUUGA